AUGUCGGGGUAUCCGGGAGGACACCACGACUACGAUGAUGGCUAUGGCCAUCAUCAACAACAGCAGCAAGGGAACACAGAUUCCUACUACCAGGACGACCAGCGUCAGUACUACGACAAUGGCUAUGAUGCCCACGGCGGUCACCAGAACGGCGGUGGGCACGCUGGUGAUGGUUAUUAUGACGAGUCUGGCUACUACAAUGCGGACCCAAACAACCCGUACCAUCAGGAUGGUGGCUAUUACGAUGGCCAUGAUCAGUACCAAGACGAUUAUUAUAACAACAAUAAUGGGUACUAUGACCAGGGCUACGAUCAAGGUGGCUACGGAAACAACGGCCGUCACCGGGGAGGCUCUGAGGAAGACUCAGAGACUUUCAGUGAUUUUACCAUGAGGUCUGACAUGGCACGCGCCGCUGACAUGGAUUACUAUGGCAGAGGCGACGAGCGCUACAAUAGCUAUAAUGAAGGCCAGAUGGGAGGCAGGGGAUAUCGCCCACCAUCCUCCCAGAUCUCGUAUGGCGGCAACCGGUCCUCGGGUGCCUCCACCCCGAAUUAUGGCAUGGACUAUGGCAAUGUGCUACCCGCUGGCCAGCGCUCCCGCGAGCCCUACCCUGCCUGGACAUCAGAUGCCCAGAUCCCCCUCUCAAAGGAGGAGGUUGAGGAUAUUUUUCUCGACCUUACUGCCAAGUUCGGCUUCCAGCGUGAUAGCAUGCGCAACAUGUAUGAUCACUUCAUGACGCUAUUGGAUUCUCGAGCGUCACGCAUGACUCCGAACCAAGCACUGUUGUCGCUUCACGCCGAUUAUAUUGGCGGAGACAACGCAAACUACAGAAAGUGGUAUUUUGCAGCCCAUCUUGAUCUUGAUGAUGCCGUCGGCUUCGCCAACAUCAAAGGAAAGGGCUUGCGUCGCACUCGCAAGAACAAGAAGAAGAAGAAGAACGACCCCCAAAACGAGGCCGAGAUGCUCGAGGAUCUCGAGGGCGAUGACUCUCUUGAAGCCGCCGAGUACCGGUGGAAGACUCGCAUGAAUCGUAUGUCUCAGCACGAUCGUGUACGACAGAUUGCGCUAUACCUACUCUGCUGGGGUGAGGCCAAUCAGGUCCGCUUCAUGCCCGAAUGUCUUUGCUUCAUCUUCAAGUGUGCAGAUGACUAUCUGAACUCACCUGCCUGCCAGAACUUGGUAGAGCCAGUGGAGGAAUUCACAUUCCUCAACAACGUCAUUACUCCCCUCUACCAGUUCGUUCGAGACCAAGGAUAUGAGAUUCUCGAUGGAGUCUACGUUCGUCGCGAACGGGAUCACAAUCAGAUCAUUGGCUACGAUGAUUGCAACCAACUGUUCUGGUAUCCCGAGGGCAUUGACCGUCUCGUGCUCCAGGACAAGUCGAAGCUUGUCGAUGUCCCUCCGGCCGAACGCUAUCUGAAGCUGAAGGACGUCCACUGGAAGAAAUGCUUCUUCAAGACGUACAAGGAAACCCGUUCCUGGUUCCACCUUCUCGUCAACUUCAACCGUAUCUGGAUCCUUCAUAUCACCAUGUUCUGGUUCUACACUGCACACAAUACCCCGACCUUGUUGGUCAGACACUACGAGCAGCAGGUUAACAACCAACCCCCCGCCUCCGCUCAGUGGUCCAUUGUUGGAUUCGGUGGCGGCAUCGCUGCGCUGAUCCAGAUCCUAGCAACCCUUGCCGAGUGGGCGUAUGUCCCGAGGAGAUGGGCAGGCGCUCAGCAUCUCACCAAGAAGCUGCUCUUCCUCAUCGUCAUCUUCAUCAUCAAUGUGGGCCCCGGUGUAUACGUGUUCAUGCCCGCCGCUGACGAUGCUGCGUUCGAGGAGAAACAAAAGUCAAAGAUCGCGCUGAUUCUUGGCAUCGUUCAGUUCUUCAUCGCUGUCAUCACAUUCAUCUUCUUCUCGGUGAUGCCCCUUGGUGGUCUGUUCGGCAGUUACCUGACAAAGAACUCGAGGAGGUAUGUUGCCAGUCAGACAUUUACCGCCAGCUAUCCCCGUCUUUCUGGCAAUGACAUGGCCAUGUCAUGGGGCCUUUGGGCAGUCGUUGGUGGUGCAAAAUUUGGGUUCUCGUACGGAUACCUGAUCCUGUCACUGCGUGACCCUCUCCGGUACCUAUCAAUCAUGGACGUGAGCAGCUGUCUAGGCGACAGCAUCCUAAAGCGGUACCUCUGUCCCUACCAGCCCAAGAUCCUCAUGGGUUUGAUGAUAUUCACCGAUGUGAUCUUCUUCUUCCUGGACACGUACCUGUGGUAUGUCUUGAUCAACACCGUCUUCUCCAUCGCGAGGUCUUUCUACCUCGGCUCCUCGAUCUGGACGCCCUGGAGAAACAUCUUUUCCCGGCUACCGAAGCGAAUCUAUUCCAAGGUCCUCGCAACCACCGAUAUGGAAAUCAAAUAUAAGCCCAAGGUUCUCAUCUCCCAGAUCUGGAACGCCAUCAUCAUUUCCAUGUACAGGGAACAUCUUCUCGCCAUCGACCAUGUGCAGAAGCUUCUCUAUCAUCAGGUCCCAUCGGAGCAGGAAGGCAAGAGGACUUUGCGAGCCCCGACUUUCUUCGUGUCACAGGAAGACCAUUCUUUCAAGACUGAGUUCUUCCCAAGUCAUAGUGAGGCCGAGCGUCGGAUUUCCUUCUUUGCUCAGUCUCUCUCCACCCCCAUUCCAGAGCCCUUGCCAGUGGACAACAUGCCGACUUUCACCGUCCUCAUCCCUCACUACAGCGAGAAGAUCCUCCUGUCCCUUCGUGAGAUCAUUCGCGAGGACGAGCCUUACUCACGUGUCACACUCCUGGAGUACCUCAAGCAGCUCCACCCUCAUGAGUGGGAUUGCUUCGUCAAGGAUACCAAGAUUCUUGCUGAUGAGACGUCGCAAUUCAACGGCGACUACGAAAAGAACGAGAAAGAUACUGCAAAGAGCAAGAUUGACGAUCUCCCAUUCUACUGCAUCGGUUUCAAGUCAUCUGCUCCAGAAUACACCCUUAGGACACGUAUCUGGGCGUCCCUUCGCUCACAGACUCUGUAUCGUACCAUCUCCGGCUUCAUGAACUACAGCCGUGCCAUUAAGCUCCUCUACCGCGUUGAGAAUCCUGAGGUUGUUCAGAUGUUUGGCGGAAACUCCGACAAGCUGGAGCGCGAAUUGGAGCGCAUGGCUCGUCGUAAGUUCAAACUCGUCGUCUCGAUGCAGCGAUACUCCAAGUUCAAGAAGGAAGAGAUGGAGAAUGCCGAAUUCCUGCUCCGAGCAUACCCCGAUCUGCAGAUUGCGUACCUGGAUGAGGAACCACCUCUGGUUGAAGGUGAAGAGCCGCGUAUCUACUCGGCACUCAUUGACGGUCACUCUGAAAUCAUGGAAAAUGGCAUGCGACGACCGAAGUUCCGUAUCCAGCUGUCCGGCAAUCCUGUUCUCGGAGACGGCAAGUCGGACAACCAGAACCAUUCCCUGAUCUUCUACCGCGGAGAGUACAUCCAGCUUAUCGAUGCCAAUCAAGACAACUACCUCGAAGAGUGCCUGAAGAUUCGGAGCGUCUUGGCUGAGUUCGAAGAAAUGAAGACUGAGAACGUGUCACCCUAUACCCCUGGCGUCAAAAAUGCCGUUCGUGCUCCUGUUGCUAUUCUAGGUGCUCGCGAGUAUAUUUUCUCCGAGAACAUUGGUAUCCUUGGUGAUGUCGCAGCUGGAAAGGAACAGACAUUCGGUACCCUCUUCGCGCGAACCCUCGCACACAUUGGUGGCAAGCUUCAUUACGGUCACCCGGAUUUCCUCAACGGCAUAUUCAUGACGACUCGAGGCGGCGUUUCGAAGGCACAAAAGGGACUUCACCUCAACGAAGAUAUCUAUGCCGGUAUGAAUGCUCUCCUGCGUGGUGGGCGCAUCAAGCAUUGCGAAUAUUACCAGUGUGGUAAGGGUCGUGAUCUCGGCCUAGGAUCGAUCAUGAACUUCACGACCAAGAUUGGUACGGGUAUGGGCGAGCAAAUGCUCUCCCGAGAGUACUAUUAUCUCGGAACUCAGCUCCCUCUGGAUCGCUUCCUGUCGUUCUACUAUGCGCAUCCUGGCUUCCAUUUGAACAAUAUGCUCAUCAUGUUUUCCGUCCAAAUCUUCAUGAUCACUUGUCUAAACCUUGGCGCUCUGCGUCAUGAGACAAUUCCCUGCGACUACAACCGCGAUGUACCUAUCACGGAUCCGCUCUAUCCCACUGGUUGCCAAAACACCGACGCAAUCAUGGACUGGGUCUGGCGUUGCGUCAUGUCUAUUUUCUUCGUUCUGUUCCUGUCGUACGUUCCUUUGGUUAUCCAGGAAUUGACGGAGCGUGGCUUCUGGCGUGCGGCGACUCGUCUAGCCAAGCAGAUUUGCUCGGUUUCCCCUCUGUUCGAAGUGUUCAUGACUCAAAUUUAUGCCAACUCGGUGCAGGAGGAUCUCUCCUUUGGCGGUGCGCGCUACAUUGGUACUGGUCGAGGCUUCGCCACUGCUCGUAUACCCUUUGGGGUUCUGUUCUCCCGAUUCGCCGGGCCUUCCAUCUACUUCGGCAUUCGGAUGAUGAUGAUGCUGUUAUUCGCAACGUUGACCAUUUGGCAAGCUGCGCUGGUGUAUUUCUGGAUUUCGCUGCUCGGUCUUGUCAUCUGUCCAUUCCUCUACAAUCCUCACCAAUUCGCCUGGAGUGACUUUUUCAUCGACUACCGAGACUUCCUCCGGUGGCUGUCUCGUGGAAACUCGCGCUCUCAUGCUUCUUCAUGGAUAUCCUUUUCCCGUCUCUCGCGAACCCGUAUCACUGGUUACAAGCGAAAGACGAUGGGAGAUCCAUCUGGCAAGCUCUCUGCGGAUGUUCCCCGCGCGGCUAUCACCAACUUGUUCUUUGGCGAGAUCAUUGGGCCACUUCUAUUCGUUGCGGUCACAUUGAUACCUUAUUUGUUCAUAAAUGCGCAGACCGGCGUGAACGGCCCCAACAAGCACAACGACCGUGAUGCAAAGGCAACCGCUUCUCUUCUGAGAGUGGCCAUUGUGGCAUUUGCGCCGAUUGCGGUCAACGCAGGCACUCUCGCCGUCAUGUUUGCCAUGGCUUGCUUCAUGGGUCCUCUGCUGAGCAUGUGCUGCAAGAAGUUUGGUAGCGUCCUAGCCGCCAUCGCUCACGGCAUCGCUGUGAUCAUGCUUCUUGUCUUCUUCGAAGUCAUGUUCUUCCUCGAGGGCUUUAACUUUACGAAGACUCUCUUGGGCAUGAUCACUGUUCUUGCCAUUCAGCGUUUUAUCUUCAAGCUGAUUAUAUCUUUGGCUCUUACCAGAGAGUUCAGGACUGAUCAGGCCAAUAUCGCAUUCUGGACAGGCAAAUGGUAUUCCAUGGGUUGGCAUUCCGUCUCUCAACCUGCUCGCGAGUUUCUCUGCAAGAUCACCGAGUUGAGCAUGUUUGCCGGAGACUUCGUUUUGGGUCAUAUCCUGCUCUUCAUGAUGCUCCCUGCCAUCAUUAUUCCUCAGAUUGACAAGCUCCAUUCGAUGAUGCUUUUCUGGCUACGACCAAGUCGUCAAAUCCGCCCACCCAUCUACUCCAUGAAGCAAUCCAAACUUCGGCGGAGACGUGUUUUCCGCUACGCAAUCUUGUAUUUUGUGAUGCUUGUUGUCUUCGUUGGUCUCAUCGUUGGGCCGAUCGUCGCAGGCAAGAACAUCCCCAAAUUGGACUUGUUGGACAGCACAAACCUUCUUCAACCAACUGGACAAGACAAUGACGACACGAACGGCCGCACUGAAACAGGUACAGGACGGCCUAACUACACGGGUGCUUUGAAGACCAGUAGCACAGCGACCGCCAAGGCAACGGCAACCGACUCUAGUAACGACAAGCUCCGUCUUUUCUAA